UGGCAACACCGAUCAGUUGUGUGCGUGCAAAAGAACUCGCUUGUCGUGUUGCGGUGCGUGUGCUUUCUACAAAUUGACUUUCAUCGCCUCCGGAGAGAGGCGGUCGCGGCGCGCACACGGCGGCAGCGACAGCGGCAGAGCGCGGGACGCUCUUGGGAGGCACCACCGGCGGCAAGACGGACAGCGCGCGGCAAUCGGGGCCCGCGCGCAGCGCCUCGGGGCGGACGCCCGUCCCCCCGCCGAGGCGACGCUGGGUCCCGCCCUCCUCGCUGCGACACCAUGAAGUGCCCGACGGAGAUGCCAAACACGACAUCAUAUUCCGUAAGGUCCGCGGCAUCCUCAACAAACUCACGCCGGAGAAGUUCCAGAAGCUGAGCGAUGACCUUCUCGGGCUGGAGCUCGACUCGGACAAGGUGCUCAAGGGCGUGAUACUCCUCAUAUUCGAGAAAGCACUCGAUGAGCCCAAGUACUCGUCGAUGUACGCACAGCUGUGCAAGCGGCUCAGCGAAGAAGCGCCCAACUUCGAGCCGCCCGGACAACCCUGCACAUUCAAGCUCUUACUACUCAACAAAUGCCGCACCGAAUUCGAAAACCGCGCUCAGGCUUUCGCCGCGUUCGAAGACAAAGUUCUCACUCCAGAUGAAGAAGAGAAGCGGCACCUCGCCAAGUGCAAAAUGCUGGGAAACAUCAAGUUCAUCGGCGAGCUGGGCAAGCUCGAGAUCCUGGCGGAGUCUAUCCUGCACCGCUGCAUCCAGAACCUGCUGGCGCGGCGCGCGGCCGCCGAGCACCACGAGGACCUGGAGUGUCUCGCGCAGCUCGUGCGCACCUGCGGCCGCGUGCUCGACUCGGAGCGCGGCCGCGGCCUCAUGGACCAAUACUUCGCACGCAUCGACACGUUGUCGCACUCGCGCGAGCUGGCGCCGCGCAUCCGGUUCAUGCUGCGCGACGUGGUGGAGCUGCGGCGCGGCGGGUGGGUGCCGCGCGCCGCCGUCACCGGCGAGGGCCCCGUGCCCAUGGCGCAGCUGCGCGAGGACGACGCGCCGCCCGCCCGCCGCGAGCCGCUGUUCCGCCGCGCGCGGCCGCUCGACGAGAUGCUCGCCGGGCUGCACCUGGCGCCGGUGGCGGCGGAUGCGCUGGUGCCGCCGCCCGACAAGCUGUUCGGGAACGGGCUGUUCCGCGGCCGCUCGGCGCCGGGCACGUACGCGCGCCAGCCGCCGCUGCACUACUCCAAGCCGCCGCCGCCCGCCGGCAAGGAGCCGCGCGCGCCCAAGGCCCGCGUGCCGCCCACCACCGCGCUCGCCGACGUGCAGAUGCGCCCCGCCGCCAACUCGCUCAUGUUCACCAACCGCAUCUCCAAACCGCAGCCUCAGCUGCCGCUGGCGCCCGUCCAGCAGAACGUGCUAUCACCCUCGUUUGCGAGUACGCCACCGCUGAUGAAAGAACCGGCGAUAACUAUCAAAUCGGCUCCGGACAAAAAAGACAAACCGAGAAAGGAUAAGGGCGUGAACAAGGAGGAGGCGUGCAAGCUGGCCAUCGAAGCAGUGGAGGCGGUGGCGGCAGAGUGCGGCGCGGAGGGCGGCGGGCCGGAGCACGUGCCGACGGCGGCGCCGCUGAAGCGACUGCAGGAGCUGCACCUGCCCGACAAGGUGCUGCGGCGCGCCAUCGCCGCGGUGCUGGAGCACGCGCUGGCGGGCGGCUCGGAGUGGGCGGCGUGCUGCGUGGUGCGGUGCGUGAAGCGCACGCCACAGGCGGAGGCGCUGCGCUCGCUCGUGCUGGCGGCGCACCCGCACGCGCGGCUGCCGGCGCUGCUGGCGCACGCGGCGGCGCAGCGGCUCGUGGCGCUGGCGGAGCUGGGCGCGUGGUGCGAGGGCGGCGCGCACCACCCGCUGCUGCUCGAGGUGCUGCAGCAGCUGCGCGCGCUGCUCGGCCUCGACCGCCUGCGCGAGCUCUACGACGAGAGCAAGAUCAACCUGUGCGCGUACGUGUCGGGCGCGGUGUCGGGCGCGGUGGUGGAGGCGGGCGGCGAGGCGGGCGCGGAGGCGGAGGGCGCGGCGCUGGAGGCGCUGGAGGCGCGCGGGCUGGGCGCGCUCGUGCCGCAGCUCCGCGUGCAGGCGCAGCUCGCGCGCCAGCUGGCCGCCGAGCCCGCGCCGCAGCCGCUCUACCGCUGGAUCAAGGCAAACGUGGAGCCGGCCGUGCGCCAGACCGCCGCCUUCGUGUCCACGCUCGUGGCGCUGGUGGCGGCGCACGUGACGGCCGCGGCCGGCUCGGCGGCGCCGGCGCCCGACAAGGCGGCGCUGGAGCGCGAGAAGGCGCUGGUGGAGACGUACGCGCCGCUGCUCACGGCGCUGCUGGAGACGCGCGCCGACCUGCAGCUGGCCGCCGUGUACGCCGUGCAGGUGCACGCGCACCGACACCGCUACCCCAAGGGGCUGCUGCUGCGCUGGUUCAUGUACCUCUACAACCUGGAGGUGUGCGAGGAGGACGCCUUCCUGCGUUGGCGCGAGGACGUCACCGACGCGUACCCCGGCAAGGGAGAGGCACUCUUUCAGGUGAACACGUGGCUGACGUGGCUGCAGCAGCAGGAGUCGGAGGACGAGGAGGCGGAGGACUAGACGCCGCUCGCCAUGUUCGCCCCCCGCGUCUCCGCGACACUGGCUGCCCGCAAGCCGCACCGCUUUUAUUUCGCGCUCAUCUCAUUAUAAAUAUAAUUAAGCCAAAUAGUUAAAAUACCUACGUUUGUUACCCUAAACGCUCGCCCGCCGCGGCCGGCGACUCCAGUGUUAAAUAGGACAAUUUUUAGGUUACUAUGUGAACGAAUAUUAGUAUCUCGAGAUAAUUUUUUUGUAGGCCUUUUACUCAAUUUUGAUACUUUUUACAAAUGUAUACAAUGUAUAGUGUUCGUUUGGACGUAUGGUUGCACCACUGUCUGCCCCUCAACCCAAACCCUACCACUCUCCCUCCGGCCCUUACACCACACACACACAGAGAGCGUGUUUUAGUUAAAAUUGUAUAAAUAUAUAUACAUAUGUAUACAUAUAUAUGUGAAGAACUUAAAUCAAUUUUUAUAAUUAUCAUGAUUUAUUUGAAUGCUAAAUGGACUUAGUGAAUUACUGUAAGAAUGCUUAAAUUUCAUUGUAUUAUCAAAUUGUAGAAUUUUGUAACUAGAUAAAAUACAAAAUAAAAAAAUCAAACAGUUCCCUCGGGCAUAAGGAAUGUAUGUGGAGUGAGUUAUAAUAAUGUUGUGAAAUAAUGCAAUGCAAGGUUAAAUAAGUAACAUUGGUCAAUAUGUAUUCAGGAUGGAAAAUAAACUUCAGUGUAAUUUA